UAAAGAAGACAGAAAUUGUUUUAAUAUUUAAAUAUUAAAAUAAAAUUAUGUUUAAUUAAUAUAAAAACUUUGUAAUAAUUAUAAAGGAAUGGUGUAAGAAGAUUAGCGGUAGUGUUCAUGGAAACUAUAUCAAAACAUAAGAUGCAAUAGUUUGAUAACAAAUGAAUGUUAAAUCAUUAAUAUGUAGAUAAUUUCAGCAAUUAGAAAUUUAUUGAUUUAUUUGUUUUAAUAAAGUGAAUAAAAUAAAUGGCGAAAUCUACUUGCAAAGAAGCUAUCGAGAGGUGGGAAAGUGCAACCGGAAAAUCGGCGAGUGUUGAAAAAGAAAUAAUUCUAUCAUUUCAAUGGCCUCCGAUUGAGAAAAUGGAUAAUAGUUUGUCACUGUUAAAAAAUGUCGAAAUGCUGUCUCUGGCAACAAAUAUGAUCGAAAAAAUAUCAAAUCUUGAUUCGUUAAAGAAUUUAAAAAUUUUGUCUUUAAGUCGUAAUUAUAUUAAAACAUUGUCUGGAUUAGAAUUAAUCGGUGAUAAUUUGGAAGAGUUAUGGAUCUCUUAUAAUUUUAUUGAGAAACUAAAAGGCGUCAGUGUGUUAAAGGCAUUAAAAGUUUUGUAUAUAGGUAACAAUUUAGUAAAAGACUGGACGGAAUUUAAUCGUCUUCAAGAUCUACCAAAUCUCGAAGAAUUAGUAUUCACAAAUAAUCCAUUGAAUGAACAUCUGGAGGUAGAAUAUUGGAGAUCACAAGUGAUGCGGAAGCUCCCUCAAUUAAAAAAACUUGACGCAAUUCCAAUCAUGUAAUAAAUAUAAAUUAGUAUAAUUAUUAUUAAUUU